AUGCUGCAGCGUCUAGUGACAUCUUCGGUUUUCGCUCGAGGUUUCUCGACGCUUUUGUUCAAGGCACCACCACCUGCGCCAAGUCGUCGUGUAGUUGUUACUGGACUAGGAGCUAUCACUCCUUUUGGUGUAGGUGUCACACGCUCGUGGGAAGCGCUGUUGGAUUCGCAAUGUGCUAUUCAAACGAUAGAUGCACUUGUAGAUACAGGAAUGCAGUAUACGAUUGGUGCAGCGGUACCACGAGGAGAAGGAAAAGGGGCUUUUCGUACAAAAGACUGGAUUAAUUUGCAAAGAGCCCGCUACCAGGAGCCAGAUUUUAUCGCGUUUACGUUAGCAGCAGCCGAUGAAGCGUUGAAGGAUUCAGGAUGGAGUCCUCAGUCGGACGAAGAAAGAGAACGAGCAGGCGUGGCUAUUGGUGCAGGCAUGGGAAACAUCCAGGAGGUGAUGGAUACUGGCGAGCUAAUUAGGGACAAGAAACACCGCCGUGUAUCGCCAUUUUUUGUGACAAGAAUUCUUAUUAAUCUUGCGGCAGGCCACGUAAGCAUUGAGCAUGGGUUGAAGGGACCAAACCAUUCUUGUGUUACAGCGUGUGCCACGGGUAGUCACAGCAUUGGUGAUGCUACGAAUUUAAUUCGGCAUGGCCAUGCUGACUUGAUGGUUGCCGGGGGCAGUGAAGCAUGUCUCAAUGAGAUUUCCGUGUGCGCUUUCUUGCGUGCGCAGGCUUUAUCCACUAAGUUUAACAGUUGUCCUCAAGAAGCAUCGCGACCGUUUGACUCUCAGCGUGAUGGGUUUGUCAUGGGUGAAGGUGCUGGCAUUGUUGUUCUCGAAGAAUACGAGCACGCAAAGAAACGCGGGGCUAAGAUUUAUGCUGAGGUGCGAGGUUAUGGCCUCAGUGGUGACAGCAACCACAUUACGGCUCCUCUUGAAUCUGGCGACGGUGCUCGACGAUCUAUGCAGUCAGCAAUUGCACAAUCUGGGCUUGCGCUGACUGAUAUCGGCUACAUUAACGCGCACGCCACAUCAACCCCGUUGGGAGAUCGUGCUGAGAAUGCAGCUGUGAAGAACCUAUUUGGCGAACAUAGCAGUCGGCUAGGAAUAUCGUCAACAAAGGGCGCUAUCGGUCAUUUGUUAGGUGCUGCUGGUGCUGUCGAGGCUAUCUUCUCAAUCAAGGCACUUUGCAAUAACGUAAUGCCUCCGACGCUUAAUCUCACCGAAACAACAGAGGAAUUUACUCUAAAUUACGUACCAAACCAGCCGCAGGAAAAAAAGCUACGUGCAGUCCUUACAAAUUCAUUUGGUUUUGGAGGAACAAACGCAAGCCUUUUAUUUACCAAGUAA